GAGUGAAGGUUUGAGUGUAUAUGUUGGUUCAAGUCAAGCCGUUAAACAUUAUUUUGACAAACUUGCGAGGUUUUUAUGUGUGUGUGUGUUACCCGAAAUGUCGGAGCAUAUUAAUCACGGUUUGCCAUUUUUACCGGGAAACACUUUUCGGGAUUUAACGAGGACAUUAUUUCAUGUGCCGCAGACACUGGGAUAUAGAAAUGGGAUUUUAAUGCCCCGUCGUCCCAGCAUCGGUAUUGGAAACACUCCCUUGUUGUCUGAGCAACUGAACCAGCAAAACACCAGUAAUUCGACCUUUAAUGAAUCAGAAUUUACCUACGGCCACAUCAGCCGCAGCAUAUCCCCAGUCUUCAUCCCGGCUUAUGUGGCUCUUGGCCAGAAGGUGUUGCGUUUCGAUGCAUACUUUAAGGAGGAGGUAUUGUACUUCAGUAAUGCAGAGUACCGCAUACGGCCUGUAAACAUUUACUACUACCUAGAGGAUGACAGCAUGUCCAUUUAUGAGCCUGUGGUACAGAAUUCUGGGCUAUCACAGGGCCUGCGGCUCAAACGUCAGCGCUUACCGACGAACAACCGUGGUGCGUACUACCACUGGAAAGACCUCAACCUUGGUGUUGACUUGGAGGUGUUUGGAGUGAAGUACCGCAUCACACACUGUGACGCAUUCACAAAGGAAUUCCUGGAAAGUGAGGGCAUGGUUCUAAAUGACCCCGAGCCGGUGCCAUUGGAUCAGUAUACCACACAUCGCAAAAUGAAUCAGGCUCCCCGCAAAACACACACUGCCCUCGACCAGAAGCACCGGUUUCUCACACUGGAUGACAAGGUGCUGCGUUUCUUCGCUUUAUUGGAGGAUAAAGACUCUUUGCACGAGGACAGCAGACCUGUGACCAUCCAUUAUUUUUUGGUGGACGACACGGUGGAAAUCAGAGAGGACCACACACCCAAUAGCGGGUUGGACCCCUUCCCUGUCCUGAUGCGUAGGCAGAGGGUGCUGAAAAAAGUCAAACCAAACUUUGAGAACUUCCCUGCCUGUGUGCUGGAGGUCUCGUCAAAAGAAGUGGAUGAAUAUUAUUCCCCAGCAGACUUUAAGCUCGGUGAAAUGAUCACGCUCAUGGCCCGCCGCUACCUGCUGCAGGAUUGUGACGGAUUCACCAAACAGUAUUUCCAAACGCACCACCUGGACAUGGAGCAGAAACCCAUUGAGAAACCAAAGGAUGUGCCUCCACCCAAACAGAUGGAGGUUCCUCCCUACAAUGGUUUUGGUUCCCUCGAAGACUCUUUCCAGAACUGUGUUUCUCUGAUUCCUCAACCCCCCAAGAAGAACAUGAUCAAAUUUCUGGAGAACAAUCAUAAAGUGUUGCGCUACAGUGCCCGGCUGGACUCCCAGAUUCCUGAAGACGAAGGCCGCAUUUUUGUGCUGUCCUACUUCCUGGCAGAUGACAUGAUCAGUAUUUUUGAAAAACCAAAACGGAACUCCGGUAUAAUUGCUGGCAAAUUCUUGGAAAAGUCACGUGUCCCUAAACCCAACUCGACUUUGGAAAAUCCCGAAUUCUACUCACCCGCAGACUUUGCAAUUGGAGCCACUGUCGAAGUAUUUAGGCACCGAUUUGUGUUGACUGACGCCGACCUGUACGUGCUGAAACACCUGGAGUCCAUCUCGAGUCAGAUCCCUACACACACUCUGGAUUCUGUGCGGCAGAAGGUUUGUGACGGAACAACAAACGACCAGCCUGUUGGUCCAAGCGGUGGUAAUAACGAAGCCAUCGCACCAUCAUAAUGUCAAGAAAGGCCGAUUUUACAACGCUGUGAGAAAUGUCACGUUCGUUUCAAAAAUCUUGAACAGAAAAUAAGUUACAAACACCCCAAGUAUGAAUUUUAGUUAUUGAAAAUGAAAAGUUGUAUAGCCUUGAGAUGUGGUUGACGAGCAUGCUGUUGCUCUUAUGAUACAAUGCUGCCACCUGGUGGGGGGGAGUAGAAACUUACAUACUCACUGUGGGAUUUGCAAAUCCAAGUCUAUACUCGUCAGAUGGUACUUGUUAGUUAUUGAAGUCAAUAAAAGUUAAGCAGCAUCUACCUGUGUAAAAAAAAUAUGAGUGAAAGUUGUGCCAAAUUUAAGAGCAAAUAAAUACUUUGGGUAAUUUUCACAUCUUUUCCAGUUCUUGUUAAGGGUCACCACAGGAGAUGUGAAUCUAUCAGCUACCUAAAUGUUGGUCAGUAGUUUCUGAAAUACUCAGCCCAUCCAGCACCAACAACCAAAGUUCAAAGUCACUUAAAUGCCCUUUCCUCCCCAUUCUGAUGCUCGAUUUGAACUUCAGCAAGUCGUCUUCAUCACGUCUAGAUGCUUAAAUAGAUUGAGGUGCUGCCAUGUGAUUGACUGAUUGGCUUUUUGUGUUAACAAGCAAUUGAACAGGUAAC